GGAAUGGAAAGUACUUGUUUGCCAUCGGACAUUUUAUGCUACAGGACAGAACACGAUUCUCACGUGUAGCUCUCAACCAAACUGAUUUGGGAAAAGGGAGAGUUUAUAGCUAAUAUGUGUUAAAUCCGAAGGUGGGAACAUAAGCAAAACAGCUAAAGAUGCCCAGGAACGGAAGGAAAGCAGCAUCCGGAGAUGAAGAGGUCGCUCCCAAACAUAGGAAAACAGACUCCAAUGGCGUCCCCUCUCCUUUCUGUUUCGACACCCCAGACACUGUCUUCCAGAGCCUAAUUUCCCCAGUGGGACAGGAGGAAUUUUUCACUAACUACUGGGAGAAGAAGCCCCUCCACCUCCAAAGGUCUGACCCAGGCCUGGCCUCCUACUACAAGUCUCUGUUCCAGCUUUCAGACCUGAAGGGGCUGUGCGCCCAGGGCCUGACGUAUGCCAGAGACCUCAAUGUGUGCCGCAGCGUCCAGGGCAACAAGACUGUGUUGAACAAGGAAGGCCGUGUCAACUACAGCCAGCUCAAAAAGGACUUCAACCAGAAGGCCACCAUCCAGUUCCACCAGCCUCAGAGGUUUAAGGACGAGUUGUGGCGGAUUCAGGAGAAGCUGGAGUGUUUCUUCGGCGCUCUUGUGGGCUCCAACGUCUACAUCACCCCACAGGAUUCCCAAGGGCUACCCCCACACUACGACGACGUGGAGGUGUUUAUCCUCCAGUUGGAGGGCGAGAAACAUUGGCGUCUGUACAGCCCCACGGUGCCCCUGGCCAGAGAGUACUGCGUGGCGCUUGAGGAGCGCAUCGGCAGCCCCACACACGACAUCAUACUGAAGGCAGGUGAUCUGCUCUACUUCCCCAGAGGAACCAUCCAUCAGGCGGACACCCCCGUGGGAGUGGAUCAUUCUACCCACCUAACCCUCAGUACCUACCAGAACACGUCAUGGGGAGACUAUCUGGCCAACGUGUUCCCCAAUUUCUUGUAUGACUCCCUUAAGACCAGUGACAUCACCAGGAGGGUAGGCAUGCCCAGGAGAAUCUUGAUGGGAGCCAACGCAGCCCCAGACACAAGCCGGCAGUUGGCCUCAUUAUUGAGGAGCGUGGCAGAUCAGAUGGAGAGGGGCGAACACGAACUCCGUGCCGGGGACAUGAAGAGGGACUUUGCCCUCCACAGACUGCCACCUUACACACCAGAGCAAGAUGACAUCUCAUCAUCAGCUGGAAAGAUGCCUGCUUUAGAAGAUACGGUGUGUCUGAGGUUUAAAGACCACAUCCUGGUGUCUUUAGAGACGUGUCAAAGCCCAUCAGAUGGGUCGGUAUCGUUGGUGGUUGAUGUGAUGCACUCUCUGAGGAACAGAAGGGAGAAACAUAUGAUGGGACAGAGUGGGGAUGAUGAUGAUGAUGAUGAUAGUGGUGGUGAUGAUGAUAGUGGUGAAGAGGAGGAAGAUGCACCCUCUGAGACCCCCGGCAUGACCUUCCCCUUCGAAGACCUCCCGGCCAUCAGGCAGCUGCAGGCGGGACAGCCCAUCCCUGUGUCUCAGCUAAAAAGGCAAUUGGACAAUGACAAAGUUCAGAUGGCCCUGGUGCUCUGGUCGGAGGGCCUGCUGGAGGUGUGCUAAUACCCCAACAGCAUACUCUGACCCCAACAACCACUGCUUUCCAUUUGGUCACAAUAAAUCAAGAGUCCUUUAUUCUACGGUUUACUUCAUCUAA